AUAUAUUGAAAUUUUGUUAAUAUUUUAUUUUAAAACCAUUACUAACAAAGACUGAACAUACCAUUUUGAAGAGAUACCUACUUUAAGUACUUUCUAGUGUCAACAUUGAAAACGUAUUGAAAGGCAGGCUACACUUGUGCUCAAAAAACCUGUAAGAACCCUGUCAUAUAUGUUAACUCAAAAUACAAUAGACAAGUCAAACGAAAAGAAACAGCCAAUCGGUGCACAAGUGCGGCAAGAGCAAUAAUAGUUGAACGAAAAUAAUAACCCAACGGAGGGAAAGGCGAAUAUUAAUAAGUGUGUUAAGGAAAAAAACAAGUGAUUUUUUUUAUUGGUUCAUAGGAAAGUGAUAAGAAACAUUUAUUAUGGAAGAAAACUUGUCGCAAUCAGUGAAAUGCCAAAAACGGACUAGUGUUUUAAUAAACUUAAUUCCAAAUGCACCUAAAGACCAAAUAUUGAAUGUAGGAGCUUACGUGAAAAACGGAAAAUCAAUUUCCCGUUACCCAAUGUGUUCAAGAGCAGCACAACGCAGUUCCUACACCCCUUCAGUGGCAUUAAUUCCAAUGAUUUUACUUAUAUUUUUUAAUUGCGUUAAUUUCGGAAAUUCUACGGUACAGAAAACGAGUGAUUCAUUUAAAAGCUUAGAUAAAACUUUACCACAAAAUCGCAACGAAGGAAAUGUGGCCAACGUCGAAGAGCAUAAUCCUGCAUCGGAAUCCGUGCAAGCAAGAAAUCGCAGAAGCAUCGAACCAUAUGUUUUCGGAAUCAGAGUGGAAAAAAGUAGCCACGAAGUUGAAUAUGGAGAAAAUGGAGUUCCCAGUAUGUUGGUCAACACUGAAGCAAAAAUUCGCGUGUUUGGAUCAGACCUCACAAAUUCUACCAUUAUAGCACUUACUGCGAGUUCAACUGACUGCGAGGUUCUUAAAACGCCACCAUUCAGACCUGACGUAAUCUCAAGUGAUGGAAAGUCAGCAUUAUACACAAUAAUGCUUCCAAAUGAAAAAAAUACUUACUUUAUAUGUGCGAAAACAGAAACUGCCGAUAAUUUGAAAAUACUUCUCACACAUCAAAGUAAGUCGCCCUGGAUGCAACUAGAUACAUAUGAAACCCUGUUACCACUGUGGGUAUCUAUAUUAAUUAUACUGAUCUGCUUGUGCUUCUCAGCACUUUUUUCUGGUUUAAAUUUGGGACUUAUGUCACUUGAUAGAACAGAAUUAAAGAUUUUACGCAAUACUGGUUCUGAAAAUGAACGCAAAUAUGCUAAAAAGAUUCAGCCUGUAAGAGAUCAAGGUAAUUACCUAUUAUGCAGUAUUCUGUUGGGUAAUGUCUUGGUAAAUUCAACGUUCACCAUUCUCUUGGAUGGCUUGACUUCUGGUGUUGUGGCUGUUGUAUGCUCAACACUUGCAAUCGUUAUUUUUGGUGAAAUCACACCACAGGCAAUAUGUUCCAGACAUGGCCUUGCUGUUGGCGCAAAAACUAUUUUUAUUACAAGAGUAGUAAUGCUUUUGACUUUUCCACUUUCAUAUCCGGUAUCGAGAUUCUUAGACUUUAUUCUGGGAGAGGAAAUCGGCAAUGUAUAUAAUCGUGAACGCCUAAAGGAACUUGUUAAGGUCACUACAGACAUAAAUGAUUUAGAUAAAAAUGAAGUAAACAUUAUAUCCGGUGCAUUAGAGUUGCGUAAGAAGACUGUUGCUGAUGUGAUGACGCACCUAGACGACGCAUUUAUGCUGUCCUUAGACGCCAUACUUGAUUUUGAAACAGUUUCUGAAAUUAUGAAGUCUGGCUUUUCACGCAUUCCCGUCUAUGAUGGUGACAAAAAAAAUAUUGUUACAUUAUUGUACAUAAAAGAUUUGGCCUUUGUGGAUACCGAUGAUAAUACACCAUUAAAAACUCUUUGCGAGUUUUAUCAAAACCCCGUGCCUUUUGUUUUCGAAGAUUACACGCUCGACGUUAUGUUCAAUCAAUUCAAAGAUGGAACAAUUGGACAUAUUGCUUUUGUACAUCGUGUCAAUGAUGAAGGUGAUGGCGAUCCCUUCUAUGAAACCAUUGGUCUUAUUACACUAGAGGAUGUAAUAGAGGAAUUAAUUCAAGCUGAAAUUGUUGAUGAAACUGAUGUAUAUGUUGAUAACCGUACAAAAGUACGACGCAAUCGUAAUAAGAAGCAAGACUUCUCUGUAUUUGCAGAACGCCGUGAAAAUCAAGCCAUACGAAUUUCACCUCAAUUAACUUUAGCUACGUAUCAGUACUUAACUACAGCUGUGGAUGCCUUCAAAAAAGAAGUUAUAUCCGAAAAUAUAUUGCGCCGUCUACUUAAUCAGGAUAUAAUCCAUAACAUUAAAUGUAAAGGAAAAGAAAAAGACGAUCCUAGUCUUUUUAUAUAUCAACAAGGAAAACCUGUUGAUUUCUUUGUACUUAUACUUGAAGGACGCGUGGAAGUGACCGUUGGAAAGGAAAACUUACUCUUUGAUAGUGGUCCAUUUACGUAUUUUGGUACUCAAGCUCUUAUUCAAAACGUUGUUAUCGAUUCUCCAACCCAACCACAAUUUAUUGGCUCACUACAGUCUUUAAAUAUGGAUGCAAAAAUUCGUCAAACUUUUGUGCCUGAUUAUUCUGUGCGCUGUGCAACCGAUGUUAUAUAUAUUGCAAUAAAGCGCAGCCUUUACUUCACUGCCAAAAAAGCAACUCUGUUGGAAAAAUCACGAAAGGCAGGUUCAGAUCCAAGCGGUGACGUGGAUGAUGAAGUUGAAAAGCUUUUGCACUCACUUAACGAAAACGAUAAACAUACUCGUAGCAGUGCACAUAAAACAUCUGUCCGUAAUGGAAGCAACACGGCUUCGCCUUCAUUAAACGAUAUUUCACAACAUAGCCGUAGUAUGAAUGCACUUGGCGUCGGUUUCCCAAAUGCCGCACAACAAAACUCACAAGGAAGCAAUAGUGCAGAUAUUAUUGAUGUUGUAUCAUUGAGUAGCCAAGUAACCUCAGACCCUAUGCACGAUUUAAACCUUAUUGAACAGCACGAGGAUGCGGAAAAGGAAACAACACUUACCACCACUACAACGCCACUCCUUCCAAAACCAAUUCAAUUAAAAUAACAAGAACUGCAAUAACAGCCGCCAAUGCUGUUAACAAAUAAGCUUACUUAUGCCCAAAUAAUAGAACAAAAAAUCGUUGGAUAAAAAAUAUAAUGUUAAUAAAUAGUUAUUUUAAAAUUUCAAAUAGCAAAAAUAAGAUCAAAAUCUAAAAUAUAUUACUCUUCCAUCGACUUUUAAGCAAAUUGAGCUAAAUAAACGUACAAUGUACAGCAUAUCCAACCGUCUGGAGUGGUCAGGUUUUACAAUUCUGAGCCUAAAGUUCUUGAAUACCAAAAAUCACAACUGACAAGUAUAAUUGAAAAGCAAUUUUAUAGACAUAUUUUAACUAGAACAGAAAUUACCUUGUGUUGAUAUAUAUAUAUUUCUUUGAAAAAUAUAUAUUUAAAAAUCUUAUUGCGAUUUCUUCCGUUUACUUACUUAAAUGAAUCAUUUAAUUUAUUACUUAUAUUUGAUUAAUUAUAGUUACAAAAAGUUUAUUUGAUAUAAUCAAAAACUAUUGACUUAAUAUGUAAGCUUUAAUGUAUAAAAAAAACC